UUGAGUGGAUUUUGUUGCUGCUCCGCUCACAUCGCUGCUUCCGAUUCCCCUCCACCUGCUUUUGAGCUUCUCGUUGUUUAUUGCUUUCUCGACCUUGUUCACUCUGCACAUAUUAUUACAUAUUAUGUAUUAUGUAUUACAUAUAUGACUCUGCCAUUGCACAAUCUACUUUUGUAAUCGUACAAAUUUUCGGUAAUGAUUUCCAUAAUUUUUACAAAUUCAAGCAAGUGAAGAGUGUAAAUACAUGUUAGUCAUGGUAUUGAAAUAAUGCUAUAUGCAAGAAAUCGAUGUGUACGUGGAUUGAAGCGCUAUAUAUGUUUGUAAUUGCAAUUUCAUGCCUAUGAACGUACAUAUGUAAAUAAAUACGUAUGCACAAACAUAAAUUAAGUGAUAAUUAAACAAAAAAAAAAAACAAAAGGAAAGACGAAAGUGAAAGUUGUGAAUAUACAUAGAACUACAGUUGAUUUGAUGCGGAAAGAAAAUUGGAUAAUGUCCUCGACGGCGCAUAGCGGAGACAGCGAUUCCUUAAAUUAUGAAGAACUCAAUGUCAUUGGGACAGGUGCUUACGGUACUGUAUAUCGUGCACGAGAUAACCAAUCUGGCAAGAUUGUUGCGAUCAAAAAAGUUCGCAUACCCAUUACAGACAACGGAGUUCCAAUGUCAACGCUUCGUGAGAUCGCGUUAUUGAAACACCUAAAUGCUUCAGACCAUCCGAAUAUUGUAAAACUAUUUGAAGUGUGCCAAGUUCUUGAACGCGAGGAUCAACUGAUGGUGCUUUUAGUUUUUGAACACUUGGAGCAGGAUCUUUCGGAUUUAAUCGACAGACUACCAAAAUCCGGAAUGCCGCCAAUAACGAUUCAGCGUUUGUCACGGGAGCUCUUAACUGGAGUAGAUUUUCUACACUCUCAUCGAAUCAUUCACCGAGACUUAAAGCCACAAAAUUUACUGAUAUCGUCGCAAGGUCACUUAAAAAUUGCAGAUUUUGGCUUGGCGAAAACGUACGAUUUCGAAAUGAAAUUAACUUCCGUAGUGGUGACACUUUGGUACCGUGCUCCCGAAGUUUUGUUGGCACAAUCUUAUAAUAGUUCAGUUGAUAUUUGGAGUGUUGCUUGUAUUAUAGCAGAAAUGUUUGCGCGCAAAGCCCUUUUUCCGGGCACGUCAGAAGCCAAUCAACUAGAUCGAGUUUUUGAACUAACCGGUCGUCCUACAGCGCAGCAGUGGCCACAAUCAAUAUCGCUUUCAAGGGAGCAUUUUCCUUCCCGACUUCCGAAGCAACCUAAGGAUUUAUGUGCUAACCUGUGUGAAUACGCAAACGAUCUGUUAAGCCUAAUGCUUUCUUACGACUUCAGAUCCCGCCCCUCAGCGUUGGCUUGUUUAGAGCACGAGUACUUUCAACAAGAGCCUAUGUAACAUUUGCUGCUGCUACUAUUUGUACUGAUUUAAUAUAAGUAUACCGUAUUUAGUUUGUUAAUUUUUCACUAAGCCAUUAAAUAAUUUAAAAUUUAACUUAGUAACUAGUAGAAAAAAUAAUAAUCUGAAUUUUGUAUGUACAUAAG